AUGACUCCUCCCCUUCUCCCAUUCAGGGAUAUCAACUUACAUGCGUCGCCUUCCCACUAUGCCUUUACAUCGCCUUCAUCACGCCAGGCGCCCACUCUAGUCGUCGACCGACCAACUGGCGAUUUACGCUUGAACGAUGGCCCCCUUCCAGGCGCUAAGCGCAUCUCCAGUAUUGCAGGAAUUCUUGGAAUUCUUAAGCUAAAGCUCGAUAAAUACAUCAUUGUUAUUACCAAAGCCCAGCCGAUGGGACGUUUGCGCGGUCAUAUGGUCUACAAAGUCGCCGGAACCGAGUUCCUCCCCAUGCGAGAACGACCGCUGCAUGACACCGACGAAGAUGCCUAUCUCACCUUGGUGAAAGACUUGCUUCGAAAGGGACCUAUGUAUUUUUCAUACUCGCUAGACAUUACCAACAGCUUUCAGCGACAUUCGCAACAGCCUUCUGAUGUUCCGAUGUGGAAGGGUGCCGACGAUCGCUUCUUCUGGAACCGCUUUAUUCAAUCCGACCUGAUCGAUUUCAGCCUGGGGCAAAACGACACCAGUGGAAUUCGCUAUGGUCCUCAGCCAGGCGCCGAUCCCUAUAUCUUACCCGUCAUGUUUGGCAUGAUGCGCAUUACUCCUGCCCGAGUUAAAUCGACCUCUUUCACCUUCGCGCUUAUUACCCGGCGAUCUAGACACAGAGCCGGAACGAGAUACUUCUCCCGCGGAAUCGAUGAAGAAGGCAACGUCUCGAACUACAAUGAGACUGAACAGGUUGUGAUACUGAACGACUCGACGGGUGGGCUCUCCGGAUUCGGCGGAGGUCAAUCAAUGACUAGUGGCAAAGCUGGACAGGACCUCCAAGUGUACUCUUUUGUGCAAACCCGAGGUAGCGUCCCCGUGUUCUGGGCCGAAGUCAACGACCUGAAGUACACACCCAAACUCCAGGUUCGAGGGGUUGAAACUUCCGUGGAAGCUGCACAGAAGCAUUUCUCUGAACAGAUUCGGAUCUACGGGGAGAACUAUCUGGUCAACCUGGUCAAUCAGAAGGGCAGAGAGGAGAAUAUCAAACGGGCAUACGAGCAGUUGGUUCGCACAUUAGUCACCUCCUCAUCUGAAAGCACGGAGGCUGAUGACCACACCUCCGAAAAGAUGCACGUCUUGGAGCCAGAGUUCAAACAGAAAGAGAUGGAUCGCCUGCACUAUGUGUACUUUGAUUUCCACAACGAGACCAAGGGCCUCAAAUGGCAUCGCGCAGAAUUGCUCAUGGGCCGUCUGAACGAUGGGCUGUCUCAAGGCGGUUACUUCCGUGGAGUGGAGAGUCCUGGUGCUCCUGGUGGGCAGUUGGAUACUCGCUCUACGCAGACGAGUGUUGUUCGAACGAACUGUAUGGAUUGCUUGGACCGCACCAACGUAGUACAGAGCAUGCUUGGACGGUGGGCUGUCACACGGCAGCUCAUGGAUGCAGGCGUUCUUCGUCCGGGGGAAAACGCCAACGAUGAUCGGGAGUUUGAGGAUCUGUUCCGAAAUAUUUGGGCAGACAAUGCAGAUGUCGUGUCCAAGUCCUACUCUGGCACGGGUGCCCUGAAGACUGAUUUCACUCGGACUGGCAAGCGUACACGCGCUGGCAUGCUACAAGACUUGAACAACUCCAUUACUCGAUAUGUACGCAAUAACUUCAUGGACGGCCCCCGACAAGAUGGAUUUGAUGUAUUUUUGGGCACCUACCUCCCGUCGGACUCAACCUUUGCCAAUAUGCAGCUAUUCCUUGACCAGCGCCCACUUGUCAUCCAGUCUGUUCCAUAUGUCCUCGCUGCUAGUGUGUUCAUGGUUCUGGUGGCGCUUCUGACGAGAAGAUUGCCUGAUUCUACGGUCUGGCCACUUCGUCUCUUCGUCAUUUUCUGGUUACUAGUGGCAGCUUACUGCUUCCGUUUCGUGCAUGGGCAUGGCAUGCUUUAUGUCAAUUGGCCCAAACUUAACACGCCGGUUGCUGGGGCUGAGGGAUACCAGGAUGCUCUCAUUAAAGCACGAUCUGAUCCUAUAAUUGGCAGAUGGUUACCUUCCAGACGACACCAGCGUGGCAUUAGCAAUGCCCGUCUUGUGUUUUUGGAGGAGGGUAAGACCAGGAUCGAGUAG